ACAAACGAACACAAGCUGUGGCUAACAGUGCUGCUGGCAAAGGCCUACUUUUGAACCGGUUCAAAGCAACCGGUUCAGCACGGCCGUCUUACGAACCAGUUUUUCCCCAAGUGCUUUCGGCUCACGGGGAAAAUCGUCUUAGCACACUAGGGUGAUGAAUCGUGUGGUGCGCAUGUCCUGUCCGAAAGCGGGAACUCACAGUUGCACCAGUAGAAUUGCCGAACAAAUGGCCGGAAGGCGCGCGUUUGCCAUCGGCGAACGCUUUUCAGAAAUGUCAGUUUGGUAGAGAUUCUCACGCGAGUCAAACCAAUCGAAAAAGGAAUGUUGUAUCCGAGCGCGCUCGUACCAAGCCCAUCGAACAAUUGUUCGCACGUCCGUUCGUGCAUGUGCAAUCGUGUGCAAUUAUGCAAAUGGUGCAUCGGUCAGCAUUAAAAGGUGCCAAGCGCGUGUGUGGAUACACGUGGAACGCAUGCAGUGUGUAUCAUGAAUUAAAUUUCAAACAAAUAAUAUUCAACGCGUGGUGUAACAUCAAACCGUGCUGCGGUCGUGCACAGCUGUGCACAGUGUUUAAUGAUUACAAAAACCAACGGUGAAACACAGUAUGCAAUCGUGCGAAAAAGAAAAAUGUUUCCAUUUCGGCAACGAUCCUCGGAACCGGUGUAAUUAAGUUGAAUAAACCUUUCCAGACGUGUCUUGCCGGUGCUUCAACCGCACCCACACCUGCCCUGUCUGGUCGAUUCAGCUGGUCGGUUGGCGUUGGCUGACUCCGCAAAAGGAAAUAAUUUAUCGGGAAAGGUGAAAAGGGUGCUGACAAAAGGAUCUGACAAUUUGACACGCGUUUAUUUUACGCUUUGGCGCGGUUGGGGGAAAACAGUGAAAUUGUAGCGUUUUCAUAUUUUUUUUUGCGCGACUCUUCUUCGGGGAUGCUUUGAUUCCCCAACCAGCUGACACCUUGACGUGCGGAACCAGUGUCAACACGGGAACGAUUAAAUUAAUUUUUAUAUUUAGUUUAUAUCCUUCUCCGACUCUCCGACGCUACUCAGGCACGGCAACGACCGUUAUCGGAUUAGGUUACGGCUUACGGGAUGACAGUUAUUUAGUCGACGAGUCGGCGAGCUGCAAAGAACAAAAAAACCCAGGAAUUGCACUGCAACUCAACGAUGAUGAACUGACAGGCGCUCUCAGUUCUCUGUGCAGUGCAGCCGUAGUGAAACAUACACAGAAAAAACAUAUUUAAAAAAAUAUGGAACCAUAACAUCAACCCGACUGCAGCAGGAUUCGCGUUGCGGGGUUUCGGAUCCGCUUGACGCGAUACAUACUAAUGAUUUAAUAAUGCGGGCGCGUAUGCAAAUGAAGGCUGCUGACGAUGGCAUAUUCUGCCCGGGACAUGGUCUCAGUCUUCUUGUGGCAGCAUCUCGAUCGUGCUGGUGAAAAGCUUCUCCCACAAAUCACAACCAACGCUAGACUACUGGACGGUGAUGUGGUCAGGAUAACAAAAAAAAACAAUCCGAAUCCUUCAUCAUCAUUGCCAUCGUGCGAUCCAGCAGGACAACAGAGCGUGGCCUGCCUACUUGGCUGUACGCUGUACGCUGUGUGACGAUCGCGCUCUAAAUCCAAACACUGCUGAAUCAUUUAGUCGUUGGUGGCUUAACCCCGACAGCAGCACCGUUUUUUGUGUUCGCCUGAUGCUUUGAUUUCAAUCGUGGAACGCAAAAAUUGCUUUCAAACCGACCUCCGAAAAACUGUGCGUGCGCUAAAAAGUGUGAAAUCUCCCUCUGUAUGAGCUAGUGCAGUGAAGUGAUUGAUGAAUAAUUUAAAAUGUGCUGACUGUCGGUGAAGCGAAACGGUACCCCGGUUAAGCGGGAGUGUUUCUGUCGGUCUGCCCGAUACGCAACCACUUUGAAGUGGAUAUCAUAAAUUAAUCCACCAUCACCAGCGUGCGAUCACGAGGCUUUUGUGGCGUGUAAAACACAUCGACCCAAACCUGAAGUCGCGGGUGAAGUGCAAACGCGAAAGUGUUGGCUACCACAGGUUUUUCCCCAAGCAAGAAGAGAAUAUCUUACGAAGAGGCAGCCAUUAUUAAUGUGCAGUGUUGGUGUUCGAGUAAGGUGCCAUUGUUUAACUUGUGGCCAGUCGUUUGUCCAAGAGGCAAUAAGCUCCUGCAACGAAAUACUUUUCCAUCAGCCGUCGGCUAUUACCGGCGGGCUAUUCAAUUUCCAUCCCGUCGUAGUGGUAGGUGUCCCAGUAACAACCAUCGGAACGAAGCCCCCAAGAACUGCUGCUCGAGGCUUGGCGAUUCCCGCAAUAGAAAAAUCAACAUGGAAACACGAAUAGGAUUAUUAGGAUUAUUUUUCUAUUACUUCGUCGUGAUUGCUACGGUGCUUAACAUCAUCAGUGGUGAAGUUCAAUCCUACUGGGAGCAACCCUUUGCGCAGCCUUACUUCGACAAUAGCACAAAGCGGGAGGUCACCGCCACCGUGGGCCAAUCCGCAUUACUGCACUGCAGAGUCCGAAAUCUGGGCGACCGAGCGGUGUCCUGGAUACGAAAACGUGACUUACAUAUCCUCACCGUGGGCAUCCUCACCUACACGAACGAUCAGCGCUUCCAGUCGCUGCACACCGAGGGCAGCGACGAGUGGACGUUGCGCAUCACCUCACCCCAGCCACGGGAUUCCGGCACCUACGAGUGUCAAGUAUCGACGGAGCCAAAAAUUUCCCAAGCCUUCCGACUCAACGUAGUGGUUUCGAAGGCAAAAAUCCUCGGCAACUCGGAGCUAUUUAUCAAAAGCGGAAGCGAUAUCAAUCUAACAUGUGUUGCACUGCAGUCACCGGCGCCACCAUCCUUCAUCUACUGGUACAAGGGCGGCCGGGUCGUUAAUUACUCGCAGCGCGGUGGCAUCAGCGUCCUGACGGAGCGACAAACCAAGACCAGUAAAUUAGUGAUUGCACGCGCCAUGCCGUCGGAUUCCGGCAACUACACCUGUUCGCCGAGUAGCUCCGACUCCGCCAGCGUCGUAGUGCAUGUCAUCAACGGGGAGCAGCCAGCCGCAAUGCAGCACGGCAAUAGCAGCGCUAAUAGCGUUUUAAUAAAUAAUCGUAGCUUUAGCCAUCGUGGCCACGGGCCACUGAACCGCUGGCUGGCCUAUGUGGGCGGGAGUAAAAAUUUAAUAUUAUCAUUAGCUUCGUCCGCGCUGUGUUGGUUGGUAAAAUCGAUCAGCAGCCCGUUCGGCGGUGGUGGUGGUCAUGGCAGGUGAUUUACGGCGUAAAAAACAUUACCGAGAAAGCACAGAAACACCGGAGAGCAGGCAGAGCGGGACACGGUGGGGGAGAUGCUGCGCUAAGAGUAAACUGUCCAAACUGCAUGUGGAUAUCAUCAUGUGAAUAUUUAUAGUUAGAAAAAAUCUAGUUUUAAGAGCGCCACCUAACGGAGAAUGUCUGACAAAUGCACCAGUGGCAAGUUAUGUCAACGUCUUCGGAAUUCUUGGAUUCCUAGGCGAACAAACCACCAAUGGUUACAGUUUUGUGCACAACACGACGAACAGUAGAGCAUCAAUAUGCCAUUAGCGAAUGCAGUUCGAAUCUAAAUCGACCGAUCGAUAUGUGCCACGGAUCCAUUUGCAUUACCCAAAAACCCCCAACCGGAACGGUCGUCAACAUGGACGUCAAACACACACAACAAUGCACCGGAAUGUCAGAAUCCAGGCUGAGAAUGCGCUGAUCCCCGAUCUCGUUCCGGAAACUCGAUUGUAAAUGUAAAUAAUCCAUUAGCCGUCACACAAGCAUGGCGCGGCCCAUACAUCCUUCAUCAUGUUACAUUCUGCAUAGCAACCCGCCGCACACACAGCAAAAGCUCACUACCACCGCAGCCUACUACUAUGCCAAAGACAACAGACAACCAUCCCCCGUUGUGUAUACCUGUUGUUUCCUCCCUCCCUCCAACCACCCUUUCCACACACACAAACAUACGCAAACGUUCAUCUCCCGCAGGUAACCGAGGGAGGCCGUUACCCAUUUGUACAUAGAUAGUAAGAUGGCUGACUGUGUCCGGUGUUCGAAGCAAAGAAGGAUGCUCCACAAAUUAGCAAAAAUGAAAGCAAACGAAAGUGCGGUUUUUGGGAAGUUCAGUGACUCCUGUAAGCACGAGCAUAGUAUAAGACUUGUUAUCAUUAGCUGAAAUCCCCCUUCCCCCGUUUUACCAUCCCCCAAAACCCAUGCAGCAGUAAGUAACGUUUAUGUUUCAUGUGAAAGCGAGUGAGAGUGAGAGUGGUAGGUUAUAUCCUAAGAAGUGGUAAUCUUAUCAUUUUCCAACCGACAAACCAUUCCUUUCUUUCUGUACAGUGUACCUUCUUCCUAUUCAAAAACAUCCUGCAGCUACAUUCAUCAUAGCAUUUCGUUUCACCACCCUGUGUGUGUGCGAUUCCCGUUCCCGUUCGACGAGGCACACGCAAAAAGAAAGCGAUCAAACGAAUCGUUAGUAGAUUCGUUGCAGUACUCAAGAAUGGAAGCACAAUUCUUCUUCACACUUUACACAUCUACACUUCAUACCCGACCCCAAACGCAUCAUCCCUCUGCAAUACAUAUAUACGAUUUUACUGUACGUAAUGAUGUUGCAUAGACUCAAAUAAAUUGAUGAUUUCUUUUCUA